AUGACCGACUCGGCGUCCUCCGGCAAACCGAGCACGAACACGUUGAUGCUCGGCCUCAUGAUGGGAGGCGCCGUGGCGCUCGUCAUGCUCGUGGCCGUGUUCGUCUACAUCAAGACGUCCAACAAGGACGAGGAGGACGAUGACAUGGACCCCGUUCUGCGCACGGCCCGGCACGACGCGAGCAAGGGGACCACCGCCCAGACGUCCACGCUGAACGCCAACUACCACGACAACAACAUUCAGAUCGCGCUCGCGCAGACCAACAUGUCGUUGCCGCCCAUGGCGCAGACCGGCAACAGCCACGCCGACAGCCAGUACUCGCAGUACUCGGCCGAGUCGUCCUUCUACGCCAACAGCACGUACAGCGCCAACCCGUCCACGGUGAGCCAGGUCGUCAACAAGUACCCGGGCAUGCGCCAGGGCGGCGAGAACGACGUGGCCGGCUCCGAGGAGGAGGAGAGCGACUUCGAGGGCGACUCGAUCCACGACAUGGCCAACACGCAGAACGAGUGGAACACGGCCGGCCGCCGAGGCACCGCGGCCAGCGGCAUGGACCAGUCCACGGUGGGGGACUCUCGCUUCUAUCCGAGCGACACGCGCUCCACUGCAGCCAGCGGCUACCACGGGGGCAACAGCCAAUUCGCAGAGUCCGAGUACACGGAGUACCGCAUGUCCACCGGCUACGAGAACAGCUACGUGAACGGCGGCCAGAGCGGCUACGACCAGAGCUUCGCCGCCAGUCAGAGUGGCUACGACCAGAGCUACGCGGGCCACAAGAGCUUCGAGAGCAGCGGAUUCAGCGAGUACGAGACUGCCGCCCCACCUCGUGGCCGCGGUGACAGCACCAACAGCGACGCGUCCUCGUUCUACCGCACCAAGGAGUCGUCGUACUACUAA